AUGAGUUUAUCAUAUGGAGUUCAUAUGAGCUAUGCUAAAGCUUGGAGGUGUCGAGAGCAUGCAUUGGCUUACAUAAGAGGUACACCAGAAUCAUCAUUUCAGAAACUUCCCUCAUUUCUAUACAUGAUGGAGCAAAAAAAUCCUGGAACUGUUACUCAUUUGCAGAUGGACAAUGAAGGUAGGUUCAAAUACUGCUUCAUGGCCUUAGGUGUUUCUAUAAUGGGGUUUAAAACAUAUAUUGGCCCAGUUAUAUGUGUAGAUGGAACCUUCUUGACUACUCGGUGUGGAGGUACUUUGUUAUGUGCCAUGGGACAAGAUGCUAACAAGCAAAUAUAUCCAAUUGCAUUUUCAGUAGUUGACUCAGAGAAUAAUGACUCAUGGUUGUAUUUUAUACUGAGGUUGAAGGAAGCGAUUGGUGAAGUGGAGAAUCUAGUAUUCGUGUCUGAUAGACAUACUAGUAUAGCAAGUGCCUUGACUACAAUUUUUCCUGAGGCACACCACGGUGCUUGUAUACAUCAUGUUAGCAUGAAUAUGCGUGCGAAGUUCAAAACUGACCAUUGCCAUGAAGAAUUCUUCCUUCCAGCGAAUGCUUAUAGAAAGCGAGAGUUUUUAUGCCAUUUUGAGAAGAUUAAAUUCAAAGAUCUUGCAAUUGCUCAAUACUUAGAGAAUCAAGUGGGUUUUGAAAAGUGGGCUCGUUCUUUCUUUCCUGGUCAUCAAUAUAAUUUAAUGACUACAGGUAUUGCCGAAAGCUGGAACAAUGUCAUUGCUGAGGCACAUGGGUGCCCAAUUACUUGUCUCAUGGAAUUUAUAAGGCACACUUUACAAAAAUGGUUUUUCGAGCGUCGAACUGCAGCAUCAGCGGCUACAGGUCCUCUUGCGACAGAAGUGGAAGCUAAUUUGUGA